UCCCCCAGCAGUACAGUGAUUGACAUCAGUAGCACCACUAGUUGUCUUAAGUAUUGUCAUUGUCUGUAUUAAGGUUGUAGUUUGUAUGUUAAAGUAAUAGUUUUUCUACCUGUCACAUAGACAUGAAGACUCAUAGUUUUGUAUGUUUUCUUACUGGUGUAUUAGAUGUAUCUUUACAUAGUAUCAAAUUGGUUAUGUCAUUGGUAUUUCCUAUCUGAUAGUGGUUUUUCCUUAAUUAUUUCGGCAUGAAAACAUUCUGACAAACUGGAAAUUCCUUUUAAUAUCAUUUAAUUUUAAUUGCUCCAUUUUUGGAAAUUGAUCAUUCAUUAAAGGGCAGGAAUUGAACAGGCGGUGAAAUCUUAUAUUUCUGGAUGAGACAUUUUUCAGCUAAGUGUCUAUAGUUUUACACUCAAAACAAAGCUUUAAUUUUACAGGUGAGCCUCUGUAAACUGCAAAACAGAAACCAUAUAAGUUCACUUAUUCAAAAUCCCAGUGGAAGAAUGCACACAUAACAAUAGACAGUAGGUGGCAGUAUGGGGCCAUGAGUAGCAUUACACUGUGUGCUUGUAAGAGUUUCAUUUAUUAUCCACCAAAAAUAAUGCAGCUAAAUCAGCAUUCACACUAAUGAGCACGCAUAAGGAUAUUGUGACAUUUUCACCAUUGAGCAUGUGGUUUAUAAAGAACUCGAUGAAGUCUCAAGCUGGAAAGGCAGAGACAAAAGUCAAGUAAGUAAUGACUGCAGUGACAGAUGGGGAGAAGUGGGUACAAAAGGGAAGGAUAUUCAUUUUGAGAAAAUGCACUAAUUCCACACACUGUUUCUGGCUGUAUAGAUCUUUGUCAGGCACCGAGGCCUGAGUCAAACACAAAUUCACACAGGUUCCAUCAGCUGGUAAUCACAAUUCAAACCAACCUGCAGCUGCUAUUCAUUGAUUGACAAUUUACCAAUUCUAUAUACAAUAGAAACAGAAAUGUAUAGAAUUCCUGCUAGGAUAACAUUUAGAAAAUCUUUGCACUGAUGUGGUGAAGUCACAGCAACUUGAGCACACCUGUGCAGUACAGUUAUUGUGAUAAAUAUUACCUUUUUGAAGUUAUGAUGUGAAUAAUUUGUUGUGCUUGUGUCAGGUGUUGAAUCCACUGCAUAUAAUUCUUUGGGUCCACAGUUUGGUGUUUGUAUUUGUCCACAUGUACAACUUGUAGUACUGUUAGUGUGUAUAUGAAAAACAGGAUGUCCUCAGUGUUGAAUGGCAGUUGGCACAAGAGAAACAGAUACACUAGAAUAAAUACCUGACUGCUGGGAUCUGGGAAGACUUUCAGAAAGUCUUUGAGGAAGUCUCAGUCCAUUCAAGAGGAGGAUGAGGAUCCAGGAGACACUGGUUUGAAAGGAGACAGGCUGACAGCAGCUGUUCUCAGCAGUGACAGUAUUGAACAGGACUCAGUGAUGGUACCAGCAGAGAACACGACCAAUAUUGGCUUGGACACUAUAGAGGAAGAAGAGGAGAAAGCCAGGUUCUUUGCCCAACUAGAGGCAGGGGCUUUAUCAACUAUAGAUUACUCCAAGCUAAACAGAGAGCUGGACUCAACAAGUUCUACCAUCGAUACCAAACUCAGGAAAGCUGAGGAAGCAGUGGAGCAGAGUGAUGAUGAUCAAAGGAAGGCCAGAAUCACAGAGACUGUCAGAGAGUCUCCAGCCUUGACAGGAUCUCCACAUUACAGUGAGGAUUUUGAUGAAGAGGAGAAUGGAAAAGAGCCACUGCAGGAGAAGCCUAAAAUGUCUCCAAUUCUUGCCAAAGUUUCUCUGCAUGAUUCCCUGGAUGACACCGGUGGAGAAGACAAAGGAAAGGACACAGCAGGGUCUCUGGACAGAGGCCAGUCAUAUGUGCAGAGUGGAGGCUCAGAGAUGGAGGCUCUCCGUGAAGCCUACAGACAGAUCCAUGUGGUGGAAGAUUCAGAUGACCAUAAUCACCAUUAUUCGUCUCUGGAAGGGAGAGGAAGAAUAAACAGACCUGUGUCUCCAUCCUCUCCUCCUCAACAUGCCAGACAGUCUCUUCAGCCUGUUUCUACCAAUGAGUCAGAGCUACCCACUGCAGAGGAGCUAAUGAAACCCAUCCGGCCAGAGAGGGACCAUAUCAGAGGCUUCAGCCUCCAGCCUGUCAGUGCUGUAGGUCUUCAUCAAGAAAAGACAUCCAGCUUCAUGGAAACAAGUUUCCCAGAUGUGACUUCUCCAGAGUCACAACUGAAGAGACCAGAAAAGGCUGAACCUGCUGCAGGGAUAAAGGGAGCCAGAGGAUUGACUAGCCACCCAUCCAGCUCCCCAGAGCCUCUCAACCUGACAUGGAGCAUCAGACAGGAAGUAGAGAGGCUGAUGCAGGAUCAGGACAAAUGUUCUUCUUCCACAUCCUCUCAGGCUGAUAAAGCUAAGAAACAACAGGCCUCCCGUGGCUCCACUCUUUCUCAUUCCUCUACAUCUUCAGUGAGGAAACCCACUGUGGCUUCUGUGAGAGGCAGGAGAGUGGAGGGGAGAGCAGCAGUGACCUCCAGAUUGUCAGGGCUGAGUAGAACUGCUGCUCCAGCCAAAACCCAUUCUUCUGUUUCCCGUCCUCUACAGCAGCCACGACAGAAAAUCAAAGUCACAAAGACCCAAGAAAAAGAGGACUACACAGCAGAGGCGGGUCUGAAGGUGAGCAGUGAGCUGGUGGCAUCUGUUCAGUCCUUAGUGGCUGUCCUCCAACAGCAGAUAGACACCAGCAGUCACCAGGAUGUUACAGACACAGAUGCUAUAGUCAGAGGUCCCCAAGAAACCAGACUGAUGCAUCAUCUGCCUGAUAACAAUAGGGAGGAGGAGAGUUCUCUGGUGGAGGAGCUGAGAGUCCAGCUAGCUCAGAGAGAGCGGGAGCUGCAGAUAAUGAAAGAAGGUGCAGAGGAGCUCAACUCACUCAGGCAGCAGAACUACCUGCUGCAAAGCAAGCUGCGAAGUGCAGAGGAAGCCAGUCAGAAGAAGAGAUGGGCCGAGGCCUCUGACUCUGCCACAGAGGAAAAGCUCCGACAGAUUGAUAAGGAAAUAAAAGAGCAGGAGACGCUCAUAAAAGGUUACCAGCAGGAGAACGAGAAGCUGUAUUUGCAGAUGAAAGUUCAGCAGGUUAAGAGUAAAGCCAACGAGGAGGCCAUGUUUAAUGAAAACCAGAGGCUGCUGAAUGAGCUGGCUUUCACAAGGGAGCAGCUGAAUAAAACCUCAAGGCCCAUAAGAAGUGUCUGCUUAAUGGAUCACACCCAAAGAAUUACAGACUUGUUAGCUCAGAUAAAAACAUUUGAGAGCAAUGAGGCCCAGCUGUCUGAGGACAUUCACAGACUGAAGCAGGAGAAGCAGGCUCUGGAGGUCGACCUGCAGCUGAUGAAAAAAGAGAGGGACCUGGCUAAAGCUCAGGCCAUGUCUGUCUCAGGUGACAAGAGUUUUGAGAAGCGUGUAUUGGAGGAUAAGCACAGAGAGGAAGUGACGGCCCUGAAGAAGAAGCUGCAGUGGUUUGCUGAGAACCAGGAGCUGCUGGACAGAGACGCUGGCAGAUUGAAAGCUGCUACAGCUGAGAUACGCCGACUCAACGAGCAGGUAGAAAAACUGAAAAUGGAUGUGGGCAGACGAAGCACUGAGCAGCAGAGAAAAGCCAAAGAGAAAACAUCAGACACUAAGAGGAUGCAGGACCUGGAGCGACAGGUGAAAGAGCUGGAGCAGAUACUAAGACGAAGAAACCCAAACUCCCUGCCUGCUCUGAUCUACGCUGCAGCCACGGCUGACAGUCAAGAAGAUGUGUCUGCCAAAACGGCCCCACCCAGCAGGAUCAACACCCUGCUGGAGCGCAGGAUUCAGCGUCUGGAGGCUGAGCUGGAGGGUCACGAUGAGGAGGCCAAGCGCAGCCUACGAGCCAUGGAGCAACAGUUCCACAGGAUCAAGCUUCGCUAUGAGCAGCAGAUCUCAGAGCUGGAGCAGCAGCUACAAGCAGCAAACUGUGGAGUUGGGAAUGAGCCAUGGACAUCACAGGUUCAAACACUGGAGGAAGAGCUGCAGCAUGUGAAGGAAAGCCAUCAAGAGAAAGAAAAUUCGCUCCAGGACCAGAUUGAGUCUCUCCAGCAGCAGCUCAAACACAAGGCUCAACCAAGUCCAGGCCGACAUCAGCGUCAGGCAGAGGCAGCGUUUGGUGCCCGGAUAGAGCGGCUGAACCAAGACCUUGCCUCCAAGACACGGACCAUUCAGGAGCUGUCCCGCACUGUGGAGAGACUGCAGAAGGAGAGGAGGAACAUGCUGUCUGUUCCCAGCCCACGACCAGAUACCCGUUCUACAGAGACCAAACGACAGCCAGGCCCCGCCAAAACACUCUGCUCUGCUACUGCAGGAGAGACACACGGAAAGGAAGAAACAUUUCCAGCUGCUCAGUAUGAGAAGACCUACCAGCCCACUGUCUUUACAGGCAGUCAUAUCUCAGAGGUUCAGCAGGAGAACGAGGCUCUGAAGCAGCGCCUGGAGCUGCUGGAGCUGCACAGUGAGCAGGAGAGGGACGCAUUAAAGGCUGAUGCUCAACAAGCCAGGGAGGAGCUGUGCAGGCUAAAGGAGCGCUCUGCAGAGCAGCUGUCCUCCAUGAAAGCAGAGCACCUCAGGGUGUUAGACCAGCUGCGUGCCACCCAUGCCCUGGAACAUUCAUCCUCAACGGUUGCUGAACUGGCCAAUAAGCUCAACACUCAGGAGAUUGUCGUGAAACAUUUGCAAGACCAGCUGAAAGAGCUGCAGGGAGCUAAAGAGGCACUGGCAAUAUCCAGGACCCGAGAGGAUGCUCUGCAGAAGCAGCUAACCCAACUGCUGAAGGAGCUGAAGGAAGCUAAAGAAGCUCAGAGCCCAGAGGUGAAACUCCUGUGUAGUCUGGAGAGGAAGAUCUUCAACAUGGAGCUCAGACACCAACACAGAGAGAAGGAGCUGCAGCAGGUGAUUGGCGGAUCGUGGCAGACGUUGGAGGCUGAUCAGGAGUCAGAAGUGGAGACCUGGAAGCGUCUGGCUCAGGACAAGAGCAGAGAGUUGGAGGCUUUCCGUCAGGAGCUGGACUCCAUCUUGGACAUCCUGAGACAUCUCCAGAGACAGGGUGUAGUCCUCCCCACUCCUGACCCCUCCAUAACAGCCCCCCUCACCCAAAGGACUUAAUACACACAUGAGGUUUGACUAACGCCUGUUUGUGAAAGCUCAUGCUGAUAAUUGUGUGUUGAAGCCAAAGAUAGACAUCGUAAGCUACAAUCGAUGUCUCAGCUGAGCUUUCCUUCCACAGCCAGUAGAAUAAUUGUCAGUAUGCCACAUAUCAGAGAUACACAGCUGCUUUCAUCAGCUAAACUUAUUAACACAUACACACAGAAAUAAAGGUUUAAUAUAUUCACUUUUUGUUGCUGAAGCCAAAACACAAAAUGUCUCUCUACACAUGCUGUACCUGUGUCUUAUAAUUGUGUGUAUAUUUUGUAGCUAGUUUCUAUUUUUCAUUUAUUUAAAAUUUCGUAACUUAUUUAAGAU